UCAACCCUUAAAAAAUCAUAUCACGAUGAAAGUUUGCUUUUUAUUUAUUUUCCUUUCAAUAUCAAAUGUCAUGAGCGCUCAUACAUUAACCCAUAAUUAUAAUUCAAGCUACAGUUAUCGAGAGAAAUCUAAAGAUAAACAAAACAAUAGAGAUAGAGAUAGAGACAGAGAUCGCGAAUACGUCUUUGAGGAGACCAGUCUAUCACUGAGAGAUAUUCUCCCGAUAAAGCCAAAACAAUAUGAUAAAAACCGAGCCCCUAAACUACAGGGACAACCCACAAUUGUCUAUUUUCAUGUAACAGUUCUAUCAUUAGAUUCUAUCAACGAAGAAUCAAUGACUUAUGUCACUGACAUAUUUCUUGCACAAAGUUGGAGAGAUCCUCGACUUAGACUUCCAGAAAAUAUGAGCGAAGAAUACAGAAUAUUAGACGUAGAAUGGCUGCACAAUAUAUGGCGUCCAGAUUGUUUCUUUAAGAAUGCCAAAAGUGUGACGUUUCAUGAAAUGAGCAUUCCCAACCAUUACCUUUGGCUUUACCACGACAAAACGCUUUUAUACAUGUCCAAAUUAACUUUAGUAUUAUCCUGUGCUAUGAAAUUCGAAUCUUAUCCUCACGAUACUCAAGUGUGUUCAAUGAUGAUUGAGAGCUUAUCGCACACCGAUAACGAUCUUGUUUUUAUUUGGAACAUGACCGAUCCCUUGGUGGUAAAUCCGGAAAUAGAAUUACCACAGUUAGAUAUUUCCAAUAAUUACACCACCGAUUGCACCAUAGAAUAUUCGACAGGUAAUUUUACUUGCUUGGCGGUCGUAUUUACCCUGAGACGUCGUUUGGGCUAUCAUUUAUUCCACACUUACAUCCCAUCAGCUCUUAUCGUUGUCAUGUCCUGGAUAUCGUUCUGGAUCAAACCGGAAGCCAUCCCGGCGAGAGUUACUCUCGGAGUAACUUCGCUUUUAACGUUGGCUACACAAAACACCCAGUCUCAACAGUCACUGCCACCGGUGUCCUAUGUUAAAGCGAUUGAUGUCUGGAUGUCGAGUUGUUCAGUUUUUGUCUUUUUGUCUCUUAUGGAGUUUGCAGUAGUUAAUAACUACAUGGGCCCCGUAGCUACCAAAGCAAUGAAAGGCUAUUCCGAUGAAGAUAUUAACUCUGACAUUAACGACUUUAAGCAGCAAGAUAUAGAUAGACCACGUUUCGGAAGUCAGCCCCAAUAUGACACUUUUUGCCAUGGAAGAAGUACAGCUAUAUGUAUAGACCAAUUUUCUAGGUUCUUCUUCCCAUUUUCAUUCUUUAUUUUGAACGUUGUAUACUGGUCAACAUUCUUGUAA